AUGGUCAGAACGAAGGGCCUGUGAGCCCAGCUGGGCAGUGCAGCAGCACCUGUCCAGGCCCCACCCUCGUCCUGAGGUCCCAGGAAGUGGGGGCAUGGGUCCUGCCCAGGCCGCAGGCCUUCCGAGCUGCACGGGGCGCCACAGCCUCAGGCAGGAGCCACUCUGACCUGACGGCACUGUCCUGGCAGGCAACAGGCCCUGCGGAAGGAGCACCUGCUGCCCGAUACCCCGCGAUCCCCACGGACUGACUCCACGGGGCCCUGAGUGGCACUGCCCCCCAGGACGUCCCCUUCCUGCUCCGGAACACGCUGACUGCCAUGGCCUGAGGAGGACAGGGUGGGAAUGAGGUCACGGCCUCAGCAGCUGGAGGGUUCUGACCCACCAACCGCUCCUGUGCUGUGGGCACAAGCAGAGGGCUUUCCGCUGUCUCCUGAGUUUGGGAGAUCUGGGGGAGGCCCGGGCAGCUCCAACACCAACACCCUCCAUGCCCUCCAGGCCAGGCCCUCACUUGGCACCAGGCUGGAUGUGCCUUUGUUAUCCUAACCAGGAUACAAACCUGUUGGACUGGCCUGGCAAGGUGGCAGUGCCAGCCCCAGGCACUGGCACACCUGCUCUUUGUCCCUGUGGACUUAGUCUGGGGACGAGUGUGGUAUAACCCAGUGUGUCUUGGGUCACAGCGUCACUCAGCAGGCACAGGGGUGUGUCAGGAGCUGCUGGUGGGUGGGUCCCCUGAGGGCCCCACCAGGAGGGGGCCCCAGCGGUACCCUCCCCCCAGCCCUGUGGGGUCAGCCGUGGGGUGGGGCACCUCCUCUUGUUGCCGGGGUGGUUGGGGGGCCACGGGAAGGAGGCUGAGGCUAACCCCGGCCACACCAGCCUGCAGGCGAGUCCCUUGGCAGUGCUUGCCUGGUCUGCAGGACAUCUCGUGGGACGGACCCCCUGAGGGGCAGCAGGCAGAUCCUGAGGUGGCCGUGGGCUCUGACAUUUAAGCUGGAGCCUCAGACGCGGCCUGCAGCCAUUUCUGACCCACCUGCCCGGAGAGCAGGGUGUUCUGGGAAGGCCUGUGAGCAGCAACCCACAUACCUCUGCUGGGUGAUCGGAAUAUCCCCCGGGAGGCCCUCCAGACCCGGGCGUUGCUGGGGAAUGGGUGGGACACUCCUCGAGACAGCCAGUGUGACGGCAGCAGGCGCAGAUCCACCCCCUGACCGGCCUCGGCCCCUGCUUGUCCCAGCCUUGGGGGCACAGUGGUGACAUCGGUCAGCUGAAGCUCAGGCUCCCCCUUAUCCUAAGAAACUGAGGCCCGGGCUGCCUGCUGUGGACCUUCCUGCGUUUCCAGGCCACUGUGUCCACUACCUGGCCUGUCCCCUUCCCUGUGGAGCACCAGCCCCACAAAACCCGGGCAGCCCCCGCCCCACUGCCUCUCCUCAGACCUGGCCAGGACACAGGGGUGUCCACCCUCCCUUCCCCGCCCCAGGGCUGCCUGCCCAGGGCUCCUGGAGUCCCAGCGCCCAAGGGCGAGUGAAGCGCCAGUGAAGGCCCUGCCCCCACCCUGCCCGCCUCACAGCCCCACUGUGAGGUCAGCACCUUCUGACAAGUUCCAUCCAGAGGUGUGUGGUGGGCCUGGGGCUGGACAUGGCCCCCUGUCCCCAGCCUGACUCUUGCCUGGGCGGCAGCCCCCUUGGCCUGAUAUGUUUGUCCCUUUUGCUCAUCCCCGCUGCAGGUGCCUCCUGUCCCCUGAACCCCACUCCCAGCCAGGACCCCUCCCUGUCCAGGCGGGCUGGGCACCUUGUCUCCUGGUGGCCACCGGGGUUGGGGGUGGCCCUGGGGGUCCUCUACUCACAAGGUGACCACAGCCCCUUGGCCACAUGGGUCCUGUUUCUGCAGCUGGAACCUACUGCGAAUGCGGCCUUGGCCUCAGCCGUGAGGCCCUCAUCGCCUUGCUUGUGGUGCUGGCUGGCAUCAGCGCCAGCUGCUUCUUUGCCCUCGUCAUCGUGGCGGUUGGUGUCAUUCGAGCCAAGGGUGAAACAUGCCCCGGACACAUGGACAGCAGGUCCCUCUGUCAUCUCCUUUCUCUUCAUUUGGGGUGCAGUGUCCACGCCAGGCACCCGCUGUCUCCCCUUCAGGGUGGGAGCCACACCCUGGCAUCUCCACUUCCUCCUGCAGUGGCCACAGCACAGCUCCCUGCUGCUCUGUCCCAUGAAGCUGGCAGGGAUCCUGGGUCCCUGCCCACCCCACCCCCACCCCACCCUCAGAAAACCCCAGGACAGGACCUGCAGCUGUGCCACUCAGAAGGGAGCAGCGCUUGACAUGAGGACUGGGCUGGUGCCCCUGCCCCACCCGCACUGUCACCUUGAGGGUCCCGGAGAGUCCUUGUGGGGAACUGCCUCUCCGGCCUCAGGGACAGACGGGCUCCUGGGACACACGAGCAGCAGGCGUCCCACCGCGGGUCCCACAGCCGCUCCCAUGCCUAGUCCCUCCUUUCUCUCGCGGCGCCCGCCGCCGCUGUUACUGCUGCUGCUGUCGCCGUGGCCAAUCUGGGCCCAAGCACCCGCCGCAGCCACCCCCACGGGAACCCCGGGAGCCCUGGACUGCCCCGAGGCGUGCGCGUGCGCGCCGGGCGGCCAGGCCAACUGCUCGGAGCGCGCGCUGUCCGCGGUGCCGGCGGGCCUGAAUCGGCGCGUGCGCGCGCUGCUGCUGGACCACAACCACGUGCGCGCGCUGCCUCCCGGAGCCUUCGCGGGCGCUGGCGCGCUGCGGCGCCUGGACCUGCGCGAGAAUGGGCUGCGCUGGGUGCACGCGAGGGCUUUCUGGGGCCUGGGCGCGCUGCAGCAGCUCGACCUCAGCUUCAACCAGCUGGAGGCGCUGGCGCCUGGUACCUUCGCGUCAAUGCGCGCGCUGCGCGCCCUCUCGCUAGCCAACAACCGGCUGGCUCUCCUGGAGCCCGCGGCGGUGGGCGCACUCCCGCUGCUGCACGCGCUCAGCCUGCAGGACAACGAGCUGUCUGCGCUCGCGCCCAACGUGUUGGCCGGCCUGCCCGCUCUCAACGUGCUGCGCCUGCGCGGCAACCCCUGGGCCUGCGGCUGCUCUCUGCGCCCGCUCUGCGCCUGGCUGCGUGGGCACCCGCGGCCAGCGCCAGAAGCCGAGACGUUGCUCUGCGUGUCGCCGGGGCGCCUGACGCUCAGCCCCUUGACCGCCUUCUCCGACGCCGCCUUCAGCCACUGCGUGCAGCCACUCGCCCCGCGGGACCUGGCCGUGAUCUACGCUCUCGGGCCGGUCUCCUUCCUCAUCAGUCUGGCCACCUGCCUGGCGCUGGGCUUCGUGUUGACUGCCUGCCGCACGCGCCGCCGGUGCUGCACCGCCGCCCGCCGCCCGCCGAGGCGACCUCUGAAUUCCGGUGCCGGCUGGGCCUCCUCGCCUGCAGACCCUGGGAGCCCCGCUGCCGCCGCCCAAGUCUGAGAGGGCCGUGGCCGCCCUCCGAUCUUUCCCCUAUCCCCUGCCCUUCUUCACACUCCCUGCAGGCGUCAACAAGCGACACA